UAUAUAUAUGUUUCAGCAAAAUGCCAAAAACAGUGCUAUACUAUUUCCCUGCCAAGGCUCUUGGUGAGGCCAUCCGCUUACUCCUCGCGUAUAGUGGGCAAGAAUUCGAAGAUCACCGAAUAAAGUUUGAGGAUUGGGGAUCCUUUAAGUCUUUGAUGCCAUUUGGCCAAAUGCCCGUACUUGAAAUUGAUGGAAAAAAGUAUGCGCAGAGUACAGCCAUUGCUCGCUACCUCGGUCAAAAGAACGGGCUCGCUGGAGACAACUUAGAAGAAAGUUUUGAAAUCGACCAGAAUAUCGAGUUUCUGAUUGACAUACGUGAUGAGGCAGCGGAAGUCCACUAUGAAAAAGAUGUAAAAUUAAAGGCCACUAAGUAUGAGGAUAAUCUCAAGAACAAAUACCCGGCUAUGCUCAAAAAACUCGAUGAGAUCAUAAAACAGAACAAGGGUCACAUUGCGGCAGGAAAGCUAACGUGGGGUGAUUUCGUUUUCGCUGGUAGUUUCGAUUACAUGAAGGUCAUGCUUCGUAUGCCUGAUUUAGAAAAAAAAUACCCAAGUUUUAAACAAGUCAUAGAUGCAGUGUACGCUGAUGAGAAAGUGAGGACCUACGGCGAGAAGUGCCCAAAAACUGAAUUUUAAAAUGUAUUAUACUACAGUGUUCAAAUAUGG